GCUAUGGAGUAAAGACUAGGCCUACUGUAAAGCUGUCCAGUAUCCUGCAGGCUCUGUCCCUGCAGGUGUGAGGAUAUGUAAACCACAGUUCCUGUAAAUUUCAACAAUGAAAGAAGGAAAAGAAGAAGGAGCCAAUGCUGCUUCACUGGGAGGAUUUCAGUGAAGUUUGGUGUACAUCAUACUUUAGACACCAGGUGGCACCAUGCUGCGCCCUAGACAGAAUGGGUGAGCGUCAGACCUACGUGAAGCUCAGUGAAGAGAAACUUAUACCAAAGUCAGACAUCUUGUCACUACUGAGGACCUAUAACUGUUACCAUGAAGGGAAAAACUUCCAGCUGAGAACUCGGGAGGAGGAUGGGGAGCUCAUCCUCGAGGGUCUGCUGAACAUCUACUGGGGUCUACGCCGACCAAUCAGACUUCAGAUGUACGAUGACAAUGAAAGAUUCCGUCUCAACCGAAAUGAUAGAUCUGCUGUGGCAUCAGCAGAGUCAAACAAUAAUUUGCUGGGCAGAGAAACUGGACCAGCUAGUGGUGACAUGGGUGGUCAGGAAGAAGAGGAUUCUCCUCAGCUGCUGAGGACCAGGAGUGAUGCUUCCUUCAUGCGGGUUCAGAGGAGGUCGAAGUCGCACACUGCCAGAGACCUGCAGCGCCUGCGCACACACAGGUUCUCAAUCAACGGACACUUCUACAACCACAAGACAUCUGUAUUUACUCCAGCCUACGGGUCGGUGACUAACGUGCGAGUAAACAGCUCCAUGACGACUGGACAAGUCCUCAACCUGCUGCUACACAAGUUUAGGGUGGAGAAUCAUUCUGAAGAGUUUGUUCUUUAUAUGGUGCACGAGUCUGGUGAGAGGACCUGCCUGAGGGAUGGUGAAUACCCACUGGUGGCUCGUGUGCUGUAUGGACCCUGUGAGAAAAUCUCUAAGAUCUUUAUCAUGGAGGCCGACCUGGGAGAAGAGGUCACGUAUGAUGUCGCCCAGUACAUCAAGUUUGAGAUCCCUGUUUUAGACAGCUUUGUGGAAAAACUUAAAGAGGAAGAGGAACGCGAGAUAAACAAACUUACCAAAAAGUACAGUGCUCUGAGGUCUAUGAUUCUACAUCAGCUUGAAGGCAGAGCUCACACCAGUGACAGAGUAUAGAGUAUGCUCUGAUGUGACCUGUGUGCGUGUGCGCGUGAGUGUGCGUGUGCGCGUGUACGUGCGAUAUGGGGUCUUGUUUAGUCAUUGUAGACCUUUUGGUGGCCUCUUAUUCUCUCAUUUUUAGCGCUGGCCUUAACAGUACACUCAGAAAAAUAAAGGUGCUAACUGGAACCACAAAGAACCAGCAAGUGGUUCUUUACCGUUUUUUGAUGGUUCUUUGCAGCACACCUGGGGUUUUUUGCUAAAGGUUCUUUACAGAACCUCCAGAGGUGCCUCAAAGAAUUUGUUCUCUCUGCUGUGACUUUUCUGAUCGAGCAGUUUCAACAUUAUCCACACCUCCAUCCACCAUCUCCACUUUCAUCUCAUCCUUCAUCUCUCUUUACCAGUUUAUUAUUUGUCUCCUGGGUAAGCAGUUGACAAAGCAAUGCAUAGGGUUAAAUGAUAUCUCUCACUCUGUGUGUGUGUGUGUGUGUGUGUGUGUGUGUGUGUGUGUGUGGGAGAGAGAGAGAGAGAGUCGGGAAGGAGUGGGUGCAACACUAAUGAUUGUUGAUUUAUUAAGGGAGCAUUUCCAGAUAUUGUAGUGAAUGUAGAGGUAAAGGUAAAAGGGUAAAAGUAAAGGCUGCAAUAGAACCAUGUCAUACACCAAUGUGCUUCUACUGUUAGAAUUACAGAUCUCAACAACUACAAGUUUUUACUGUUAAGCGCAUCACUGUUUUGAUAAUACUGCUGUUAAUGUAUUCACAUUUUGUAUGUUACUUCAAAUAUGGAUAUUUAUACAAGCUGUUUUUGUUAAUGUUUUUCUGACUUGGACCUUUUUAUGUAAUAAAUCAGUUUUACUGUG